CCUCGACCCGGAGCUUGCGUCCGUGCGCCCGUCUGUGCGCCCACCGUCAGCCAUGGCCCCGCGGGCCCCCGCGCCUCGGACGCUGCUGCUGCUGCUGUUGUCGAUGCUGCCGCCGCCUCCGGGAGCUUGCGGAGAGGUGUGCGUGGCGUCCCGUGGAGGAACCCCGGCCCCUGACUUCUGUCCUGAUUUCUGCUGUGGCGCCUGUGACACCCAGUACUGCUGCUCGGACGUGCUCAAGAAGUUGGUGUGGAACGAGGAAGCAUGUGCUGGGCCUGAGACCAGUGCCCCCACCAAUACGGAGCCGCUGGAGCAGUUGGGCUCGGCGCUGAGGUUUCGGUCCAGCUUCGACACUGACCCCAUGUCAGGGUUCGGCGCGACAGUGGCCAUCGGCCUGACCAUCUUCGUGCUCUCUGUUGUCACCAUCAUCAUCUGCUUCACCUGCUCCUGCUGCUGUUUGUACAAGAUGUGCCGCCGGCCGCGCCCGGUUGUCACCACCACCACGGCCACCACGGUGGUGCACGCCCCUUACCCACAGCCUCCAAGUGCACCACCCAGCUACCCUGGACCAACAUACCAGAGCUACCACCCGAUGCCCUCCCAGCCCGGCGUGCCGGUGGCCCCCUAUCCGACGCAGUACCCGCCCCCGUACCCGGCCCAGCCCAUGGGCCCGCCUGCUUACCACGAGACGCUGGCUGGAGGAGCAGCUACGCCCUACCUUGCCAGCCAGCCGCCCUACAACCCGGCCUACACGGAUCCCCCAAGAGCAGUCCCCUGAGCCGGGCCCCACCGCCCUGGCUGCCAUGGUUCUCUACUGCCCUGUGUGCGUGGUGUGUGUCCUGGCCACCCGCCGUGCUGCUUCUGAUGCUGACAAGGUGGGGAGCAAUUCUUGCCAGGGUGGGCUGGGUCCAGACGUUGUUCUUUUCCUCACUUGAAGUUAUGCUCCCUGCAAUCUAAGCCAAAUUUAAAGAACCAAGGGGGAUCUCUUUUCUGGCUCUCCCUGGGCAGCCACGCUAGGAGAGUGCAGUUUUUCGUGGACACAACGCACACAUGUCCUGGAUUGCACAGUGGCGAGCUGCUGCUCGAGGCUGGGGUUCAGCCCCAGAGUUUCGGUGCCUUUUGCAGGGCCACGGCCAGGACGGAGGCAGGGUGGGUGGUGGUGCUUGGGCCCUGGCCCAAUAGGCUCUCUGUCUUUUGAGAAGAGAUUCACUGUUGCUCCCUGGAGCCUGCACUGCACCUGUGGGGGUCUGGCAGCCAAAGCACCUCCACCAGAGCUCCACCCAUUUGACCGCUAUCUGCCUGGACUGUCUCAGCCGCCCUCCCUGGGGCCACCUGGAGGGCUACGUCCCCUCAUGGCUCUGACAGCUCCGGGGAGGUGUCUGUGGCCGGGCCAGACCCCCGCCCCAGGUGAGCAGACUGGCCUCUGUCCACCCCCACACUCAGGUCUCCUCCCUGCAGUGUUUCUGUUCUCCUGUAGCUGGCUCCCAUUUUCUGUUUUAAAAUAAGUGAUGGUUGACGUGAGGCUGAAACCCCUGGGUGCUAGAGGGAAACUGGCUGAGAGGAGAGGGACAGUCCGACCUCUGAAAGUGCUGCCUCCCCCAAAACCUCCAACUCCAGUACCUGAGUCCACAGCUUGUCCUGGCAGCAGGCACAGCUGGGCCAAGGGGCCCUCUGGACCAAAAGUGGAAGGCCAGGCCUGGCUGGCAGCUCUGGCCCAGACACGGAUACCUCGGUGUUCUGCUCCUUGUUCCUGUUUCACAUCUGUCUUUGCUUUUGAUGUAUUUGAGUCUAGGGUCUGUACCCUUCUUUAUAAUAAAUGCGAACAUUUGGA